CUGGUGACUAGCGUCUAUUGACGCCAAACAUUAGACAGAGAUAAGAGAACAGUUGCUUUGGUUCUCAACUAGUUUGUUAUCUCGUGGCUACAAUUUAAACAAGGAUCAUGUUCUUGGAGAUUCAUCUUUAUUUACAGGUCACAUUCAGCAACACAGAAUAAUGUUUCGCUGUACGUCUGUGGUUCUUUCUGUUAUCGCCAUCCUGGCAACUGGAAUUGCAGGAAACAAAUACCUGCCCAAACCAUUUCACAAGAAACAAGUGGCCUGCGGUGCUGAUGAGUUUAAAUGUAAUAACAACGCUUGCAUAGGAGCUGAUCGCGUGUGCGACACCCACAGAGACUGCUCUACAGGUGAAGAUGAGGUGGGCUGCCCUACAGAUUGCUCUGGACCCCAUCAGUUUAAGUGUGAUGGAACGAAAUGUUUUGGUGUAGUAGACAGGUGCGAUGGAUUCUAUGACUGCCACGAUUACACUGAUGAAGCUGACUGCGCCGGGUUUGAGUGCACGUCCGGCAGGGUCCGCUGCGAGACAUCCCACGCCUGCAUCCUGGAGUCAUGGAAGUGUGACGGAGACGUGGACUGUGAGGACCAUUCCGACGAGAAGGGCUGCGUCACCGGCAGCUGUAGCGCUACCCAGUUCCUGUGCGCCGACGCCUCCAAGUGCAUUCCCAAGGACUACCUCUGUGACGGCGACAAUGACUGCAAGACCGACCACAGUGACGAGAUCGGCUGUAGCUGCACUGCCACUCAGUUCAAGUGCCCAACUGGACCCUGCAUUCCCCAGACCUACUUAUGCGAUGGCGACAAUGACUGCGGGGACAUGAGCGACGAACAGAACUGCCCCGACCAGCCUGCCAACGUGUGCAGGGAUGUCCUCACCUUUGAAGACUGUCACCGCAUGAACCAAACCACUCACCCAGUAUGCUUGAUCCAAGCUGAUGGCAACAAAUUUUGCAGGAAAUACUGCGGAUUCUGUCACUAGAGCCUUAGAAAGCAGAUUCUGCUGUGAUCAAUCCAAGAAUCGUACCAUGAUGCAUUCGUUACAAUGCUAAAGCUUUAUAGUAACUUAUAGCCCUGCUGCUUUGAUUCUAAGCAUGAGAACUUUGGUAAUUAAAUGUUUAUCCACUGUCAAA